AAGAUUUAAUAGCCAUUGUUAUAAUUCUUGGACUAAUAAGGAGUUUAUCAGCAUAUACGGCCGAAAAGAAAUUCUUCUCUGUUGUUGGUUCGUAGAAUCUGUUAUAAAUAUAAAUACAUUCUUAAUUCCAAAUUUGGUAGAAUCUUUAAACUCUUCAGUUCUUUCAAAUAUCAUUUAAACUAUUGGUUGUUCCAAUUACCUUUGACAUUUUAUUCUGGAAGUACCCCUCACAGAUUAUAUUUUUGCAUACUUAAAGUUGCUAUUUUUUAAUACGCAUAAUCAUUAAACAUGUCUGCAGCCUCUCCAGAUCAAGAUCUACCAACAACAACCAAGUCAGAGACAGUUAAUGAUGAGAAAACAAAGGAAAAUGAGACUGAAAUCGACGUGAAAUCAAUCUUAGAAGGAGAAUUGUACGAAGAAUCAGACACUAAUAGAACCUAUCUCGUUAAAUCUAAAAUUCUUUCCAACGCCAUUGAUGAUAUUGGGUUUGGAAGAUAUCAAACUGGUUUAUUCUUUGUGGCUGGUUUUGGUUGGUUAUCAGAUAACGCAUGGCCAGUAGCAACUGGUUUAAUCUUAGCCAGAUUAGAUGAAGUGGAUGGUGUUCAUUCUCCAGUAGGCCGUGCUCCGUAUUUAACUUUAGCACAAAAUUUAGGUUUAUUAGCAGGAGCAGCCUUUUGGUCUCUCUCUUCAGAUAUUAUUGGAAGAAGAUGGGCUUUCAACAUUACAUUCUUAAUUACUGGUAUCUUCGCUAUUAUUGCUGGUGCAUCGCCAAACUUUGCAGCUGUUGGAGUAUUUAACGCGUUUUGGAGUUUUGGUGUAGGUGGUAAUUUACCAGUCGAUUCAGCCAUCUUUUUAGAAGCUUUGCCAAGUAAACAACAAUGGCUUUUAACAGUUAUGUCAAUUUGGUGGGCCUUUGGUCAAAUCAUUGCAAAUUUGAUAUCUUGGGGCCUUAUUGCUAAUUAUUCUUGUGAUGAUGCAUUAUCAGUAUGUCAUAAGGCGGAUAAUAAAGGUUGGAGAUACUUUUUAUAUACUAUGGGUGGUUUCACUUUAUUAAUGUUCGCAGCCAGGUUUGCAUUUAGAGUUUUUGAAUCACCAAAGUUCCAUUUGGCUAGAGGUGAUGAUUUAAAAGCAGUAGAAACCGUUCAUAGAAUUGCUAAAAUCAAUGGUAAAGUAAGUGAUCUUAAAAUUGAAGAUUUACAAGCAAUUGAUGAUUUAAAUCUUGAUGAAAGAGAACCUGAAGAUACCAAGUUUGGAGGAAAUAUCUUACUACAAGAAAAAUUAUCCAAAUACAAAUUUUCUCAUAUUCGUGAAUGUUUUGGAUCAAGAAAAUUAGCUAUAUCAUCUUCAUUGGUUAUUUUCACUUGGGGUUUAAUUGGUCUUGCCUUUCCCUUAUAUAAUGCCUUUUUACCUUAUUAUUUAGAAACCAGAGGAACGGCUAAUGCUCCAUUAAGUGUUCAUGAUACUUACAGAAACUCAUUGAUUGUAGCUGCAGUUGGUGUUCCUGGAGCUAUCGUCGCUGGUUUCUUAGUUGAGUUGAAAAUAGGAAGAAAGGGGACUUUAUUUAUCUCAUUAAUACUUACUGGCGUUUUCUUAUUUGCUUCCACUACUGCUAAAACAAGUAAUGCUAACUUAGGUUGGAAUUGUGCCUUUGCAUUUAUUUCAAAUAUCAUGUAUGGUGUCUUAUAUGCUUACACACCUGAAGUGUUCUUCGCAAAGAUUAGAGGUACUGGUAUUGGAUUAGCAGCUUCAUUUAAUAGAGUAUUGGGUGUUUUUGCUCCCAUUAUUGCAAUCUAUGCUAAUUUAGAAACUUCAGCACCAAUUUUUGUAAGUGGUGCAUUAUUUAUUGCUUCUGGUUUCUUAGUCUUAUUGUUCCCUUAUGAACCAAGAGGUAAGGCAAGUUUAUAAUUAAUCUUUAUAGUACAAUGUCGAUCAUAUAUAUAUAAAUAAUUAUUAUAUUUUUCAAUCUUUUUGACACAUUUAUUCUCUCGUUAAACUAAUCCCAAAACGGAAAUAUUUUCCUGAAAAACUAAAUGAUUAAAUAGCAGC